CUUGAUGUGAACACUGCCACAGACACACUUAGCUCUACUUUAACAACCUGUCUAGACAACAUCUGUCCUCUCUCCUCUAGACCAGCACGGACUACACCACCCAGCCCCUGGCUGUCUGACAUCCUUCGUGAACAUCGGACUGUUCUCAGGGCAGCUGAGAGGAGAUGGCGGAAAUCUAAAGAUCCAGCUGAUCUAGCCCAACGACACCACAGUGACCGUUCGAAUCGCUGCCUGUCUGGCAGACAUCUCGGCCUGGAUGAAGGAACACCACCUUCAACUCAACCCUGCCAAGACAGAACUCCUUGUCUUUCCAGCCAACCCUAUUGUUGAACACAACAUCACCGUGCAGCUGGGUCCAACUACAGUUUCGCCUUCCAAAACGGUCAGAAAUCUAGGGGUAACCAUUGAUGAUGAGCUAAAUUUCACAGACCACAUUUCAAAAACUGCAAGAUCUUGUAGAUUUACACUCUACAAUAUCAGGAAGAUAAGACCCUUCCUCUCUGUACAUGCCACACAACUGCUCGUUCAGUCCCUUGUCAUAACUAGACUGGACUACUGUAAUGCUCUCAUUGCAGGCCUUCCUGCAUGUGCUAUUAGACCUCUCCAAAUGAUCCAGAAUGCAGCAGCACGUCUGGUCUUUAAUGAACCUAAGAGAGCACAUGUUACACCACUCUUUGUCUCUCUCCACUGGCUGCCGGUUCAUGCACGUAUUAAAUUCAAGGCCCUGAUGCUGGCAUAUAAAACAGUCACUGGGUCUGCUCCAGCAUACCUAAAAACAUUUAUGCAGAGCUACGUUCCCACCAGAAGCCUGCGGUCGGCUAAGGAACGUCGCCUUGUCGUACCAAAACAAAGAGGCACCAAAACACUUUCCCGGACUUUCAGUUUCAUCAUACCACGGUGGUGGAAUGACCUUUCCAACUCAAUCCGGGAAGCUAACUCACUCUCUAUCUUCAAAAAACGGCUAAAAACACAUCUUUUCCAAAAGCACUUAACCGGUCAAUAAUAAAAAAAAAAAAAAAAAAAAAUAUAUAUAUAUAUUUACAUUUCUUGUUGCACUUAAAUCUGUUUUGUAUACUAUUAUGAUGAUAGUAAAACUUUGUAAUAUGGCACUUUUUGUACCACUGUCUCCCUAAGAUGAUUCGCUGAUGUUCUUCCUCUUUUGUAAGUCGCUUUGGAUAAAAGCGUCUGCCAAAUGAAUAAAUGUAAAUGUA